GCAAUGAAUCGCUCCCUGGCUAAUGUGAUUCUUGGAGGCUAUGGUACAACUUCAACAGCCGGUGGUAAACCAAUGGAAAUCUCUGGCACACAUACAGAAAUCAACCUUGACAAUGCAGUUGAGAUGAUCCGGGAAGCCAACAGCAUUGUUAUUACUCCAGGUUACGGCCUCUGUGCAGCCAAAGCUCAGUACCCCAUUGCCGAUUUGGUGAAGAUGCUUACCGAGCAAGGCAAAAAAGUCAGGUUUGGAAUUCACCCAGUUGCGGGCCGAAUGCCUGGUCAGCUUAACGUGCUUCUGGCUGAGGCAGGAGUGCCCUAUGAUAUUGUGCUAGAAAUGGAUGAGAUCAACCAUGAUUUCCCAGACACGGAUUUGGUUCUUGUCAUUGGUGCUAACGACACUGUGAAUUCAGCCGCUCAAGAGGACCCCAACUCUAUUAUUGCAGGCAUGCCAGUCCUUGAGGUCUGGAAGUCUAAACAGGUCAUUGUCAUGAAGAGAUCCCUGGGUGUUGGUUAUGCCGCCGUGGACAAUCCAAUCUUCUACAAACCCAACACAGCCAUGCUUCUAGGGGAUGCCAAGAAGACGUGUGAUGCUCUGCAGGCCAAAGUUCGAGAGUCCUAUCAGAAGUGAAUGUUAAAGAUCAAGCUGGUGUCUUCAGUUACAGAAACAGAGAAAUAAAGUAUGAGUGGAUGAGCAAAGGCUCUCAAGGCCCCAAAGAAGCCCCACAAACCAACAGAGAGUGUCAAGAUCUGCAACCCCUGAUCUUCAAAAAACAUUGCAAAGUCUCAACAUCUACCUAUUUAUAGUUUUCAUUGCUAAAAGGCAAAAAUAUUUUGUAGACAGUGAAAGAGUAGCCUCAUUUUGAUGCAACUCUAUUGGACUUUUAAAUUCUCUUUCAGUACCUAAAAAUGAGUUCAGAAGUUGAAUGUGGAGAAUUUUAGGAUGUAUUUUGGUCUGAAAAAUAUUAGACAGUGUGAACAUCACAGACCCCGGAAUUUAGUUUUUUUUUUUUUUCACCAAAUGUGACUAAUUUGAAACUUUUAUCAACUCCUGGCCUGUCCCCUUGCAUUUUAUCCAUAGUCUGAACAAUCAUACCAAAUCUGUUUCAGGUUAUCAGGCUGUACUUUAGAUUCUAGAUUCCAAAGAUCUAUUUUCUCACCUCUAUUUUAAUACAUAAAAGGACUAUAUAGCCUUUCAGAGAUGCUGAAAAUAUCACUCUGCUUGAUAUUUUCAGUAAAAUCUAUCUUAAAAGUAAUUAGCUGUAUUUUUAAACACCCCAUGGCCAACUGGAGAUUGCUCCAGAUUCAAUUUAUAAUGUGUGAUACCGUAUUAACUGCUCUUGAAUGGAAUGCAGCCAUUUGACUAAUAAAUGAGUUCAUCAUGUUUUCAAAGUGAUAUAGACUUGUCUCUGAUGACAAAGAGCUGGAAUUGAAUGGUUCUACUCAUUAUUAAUACUGGAGGAAGACCUAAUAGGCAGAAUUGAUCUCUCCUCAUUGUUUAGAAGGCCAAAUUGUUUUUCAAAACUGGAGUGACUUUUGAGGUCAUAUGUAAUUUGAUGAUACUCAAAAGUGGUUAACAUUUUUUAAUCAUAUCUUUAAGCACCAGUAAAAAACAAAAAAACAACAACAAAACAUGUCUUUUAAAGAAGUCUAGAUUUUCUUUUCAACUUUACCUUUAUUUCAAAAACACUUAAGUGGAGACAAAUGUGGUACAUUACUAUAAUUGUCUCUCUUUGUGCUCCUCUUGGUGAACAAGUCUCUCAAAGCAAUUGUUAAACCCAUACGAGGACUGGGGAUAUGGCUCAGUUGGUAGAGUGCUUGCUUUGUGUGCUCGAGGUCCUCAGCUCAAUCCCUAGUAUUGAAAAAACAAAACAAACCCCAAAUUAUUGAGUCAUACAAAAACUAUCUCUAAAUCUGAAGAUUACCGAUGCAAAAUUUGCUCAUCUUUACCAAGUUUAUCAAGUACUAGAUCUGUUGAUUUGAUGAGCAAGUUGUUUUGCUGUGUCUGAGAUAAAGGAUGAGUGAGUGAAGGAGGGGGAGGAUGAGGGGAGAAGGAAGGAAAGGAGGGAGUCUGAGGAUGUUAGAGCAGCAAAGAUUCCUUUUAAAUGUCAAAGAAAUAAAUGCAAUUUACUAACGGA